AUGCUAUUUGAGCAUGAAGGUAUAAUUAAAGCAAAACAAACAAUUUAUAAUACUUAUAAUACAAGUAAACAUAAUAAAUCUGCAGAAGAAACUCCUAAAUUUGGAUCUUUACAAGAUUACUUUUGGAAAAGAUCAUAUAAUAUAUUUGUAGAUAACAAUGAUUCUCUUAAAGAAUAUCUAAAUCUACCUAUCAAAGAAACAACAAGUGUUGCAAGUGAACAAAUGUUUAGUAUUGCAAAAUUUACUAUUAGCCCAACUAAGAAUCAGAUAGAUCCAGAAAAGGCUUGUGCAGCUCUUUGCCUUAAAACUUGGUAUGCAGCAGGUUUAAUUAAACAUAUAAAAGAUAAUUAA